AUGAGACGGAAGAAGAGAGGGAGAGCGGUGGGACUCUUUCGGGACCGGAAAUAUCCUGCAGCAAUCCGAAGAGAACCAACGCUGGAGCCGAGGGGUGCGAGGAAAUCUCAAUGGAUUCGGGUGUUCAAGGCGCUCCGUCGAGUCGCUUGUCGUCCUCGAUAUGCUGAUCACGACACGAGCGGAGCCUCCUGCCGAUACACUGAUGUCGAUGACCGAGAGCUGCAAGAACGAAGGGCACCCAAAGGGAAAAAUGCUCUGGUGAAGUGUGGUAUCCGAUCCUACUGCUCGACUUCUCCGAGAUGGAAAAUUGGUGAUCUGAGCCUUGGCUUCGUUUGGUCAUCCGGCAAAGAGCAGAGCAAGAUGGCGUGGGAAAGUGUGGGACGGAUCCGAUUUCUAUUAGUACAGUACAGCAGAAUCCAUGUCACACCCAGGUCAAACCGAUGGCACUGCCGUUCGCGCUAUCGUAGAUCGAUUCGGAUGUUCCGGAAACUUGUGCGGAAAUGCAAAGGAACGCCGCUCGAGAUAGUGGUGCAGCUCAAACAGACGCCACAAAAGGGCUCUCCGGAUUACAGUGGCGACCGUCCCACUCGAUGUUGCCACACCAAGUUUCGUCAUACUGUACACUGUACGGACAGGUGA